UUAUACCCUCAAACAGUGUAGCUCCAUCCCUGUGCGCGUGCUGUCUUUUAAGAACGAAAUAGUCGACUGCCAUUGCUGCAUCUCUUCGUCGUCUCACCAUGGCUAGAUCCAUCCCCAUAAUCGAUGUAAGGCCUCUACUCGAGAAAUGUGAGGAUCCGAGGAUGGGGGAAGAUGCAGGCGUGUUAGAGGUUGUCAGGCAGUUAGAUAAGGCCGGAAGAGGAGAUGGAAUCUUUUAUGUGAAAGGUCAUGGCAUUCCCGAGUCCAUGUGCCAACGAGUUAGGGAUGUUGCGCGGAGAUUCUUCGGUCUUCCUGAUGAAGAAAAGCUCAAGAUCAAACUGUCUUCAUCGACUGGAUUCAGAGGAUAUCAGACAAUUGGAGAAAACUUGACUGCCGGCAGACCUGAUAAGCAUGAAGCUAUUGAUAUGUACAAGGUUGUGGAACCCGGUUCUUAUGGAGCCGUCGGUGCUGCCGUGGAAGGACCAAACCUGUGGCCCGAGAAUCCUGCAGAUUUCAGACCAUUAAUCGAGGAGUAUAUAAGUGCGGUAAAAGAACUUUCAAAAAACAUUCUUCGAGGGAUAGCUUUAGCAUUGGGUGGUUCACCAUACACCUUUGAAGGUGAAAGAGCUGGAGACACUUUCUGGGCAAUGCGGUUACUUAGUUAUCCCGGCUCUACUGAGAAAAUGGUGGAAGAUGGCGUUGGAUGUGGAGCACACACUGACUAUGGUCUAUUGACUGUGAUAAAUCAAGACGAUGAUAUCCCUGCAUUACAGGCAAUGAACAGAUGUGGUGAAUGGAUAUGGGCCUUGCCUGUCCCUGGAACAUUUGUCUGCAAUUUAGGGGACAUGUCAAAGGCCUAUUCAAAUGGCAUAUAUGAGAGCGCAUUUCAUAGAGUGAUAAAUAACAGCCCUAAUGAUCGGAUUUCGAUACCAUUCUUUUAUGAGACGAACUUUGACGCUGUUGUGGAGCCUUUGGACUUCUGCAAGGAAAAGACUGGAGGUGUUGCAAAAUUUGAGCCACAGAUGUAUGGGGAGUAUCUAGUCCGCAAGAUGCACGUGACCUUUGGAAUGAAGCAUUGAACUUGGUGUGACAAGUGCUUAUUCGCCGAAGCAAUGAUGGUGCUCCAUCGUCCGCCUUUCAGAGAUGCAUGUGGUUUUGUCGGUGUGGUAGAUGUGGGAAAGGCUGCCAGUUGCAGUUGCGUAGUCCCUAUCGUGUCAUUCCCAAGAGGGCGUCCUUGAACACGUUUCUGUCUGUUUACUGUUUUCUUUUCUGUUCUCUAAUGUUUGGGAGAGAGGAAAAGAAGAGGAUGACAAAUUCUGUA